AUUUAAGUAAAAAUGGCCAUAGAUACUUCCCAUGUACCUUCCUCUCCAACAAAACACUCCUUUCUUUAUUAUUAUCGCAAUUAUUUUUAUUUUCGCUUUUUUGGACUUAUUAUGCAGAAAGGUUGGAGCCACAUCAUCGCAUGUGGACCCAAUAUCAUCUUCUUCUUUAUUUAUAUCAAUUGACACUGAUAAACCCUAGCUAUCCACCGUCAAUUUCCCUAACGUCUCUAUCUACAUUCUAGAUCUCCUUCACGCAUUUCAAACUUUCAGCGUUUCCCACUCCUCCAACAGUGUAUCAUUGAGUUUCUCAGAGCAAUUUAUGGCUUCCGCUUGCGUAAAUAGCAUCGGGUUGUCGCCUGAGAAUAUAUUGGAACGUUCACAGACUUACUCUUCAUACGGUUGGUUGAAGCCUCGUUUCUCGUUAGGCCGUGAAAUCACAGAUGGAGAUACAUCCAAAUCCAAGACAAAGAGGUUUUCUUCUCCGGCGAAGGAGCUUGCAGAUCUGCCCGAGGAAUCAGAUCCAAACGAGUUUGAUGGUUUUCAGUUCAGUCUUGAAGAUCCGGUUAUGAUGCUUCCCGCCGACGAGUUGUUCUCCGACGGUAAACUUAUUCCGCUGCAUUUGUCAGUGAUCCGCCAGGAAGUUGCUUCGUCGACAACAACGGUAAUGUCCUCUCCAGAUACUCCGAGGUCUCACCGGAGAAUGGACGACGCCUUUGCUUCCGAUCCCUACUUGCUUUCCCCUAGGGCGCCGAGAUGUUCGAGCAGGUGGAAAGAGCUUCUCGGUUUCGGAAAGCUUUACCAAAGCAGCAACAACAAUGCUAAACAAGACAACAACAAACAGACAUCGUUAGCGUCUUCGCACAACGCGACCGGAGCAACAAAGUCUAUUAGACAUUUUCUUCACAGAAGUUCAAAAUCUUCAAACGAUUCGUCGGUUAACCUUCCGUUACUCAGGGAUACAGAUAACGAAUCUGUGUCUGUCUCUUCACGUCCAUCUCUUUCUUCCUCUUCUUCCAGUCACGAUCUCGACGAUCUUCCCCGUCUCUCUCUGGAUUCCGAUAAGCCUGGGAAAGUGAACUUGCACGCAAACCCUAGCAGUCGUCCAAAAACUAGAAUGGUAAAAACGAGGACACAGUCAACGGAAUCAAGAGCAUCAACGCGCGUUGGCCGAAGCACGAUGCGUCGUUCAUCGGACUCCGCAAUCACCACCGCCCGUGGCCUGUCAGUCGAUAGUCCACGAAUGAACUCCUCAGGAAAAAUCGUUUUCCAUAGCUUGGAGCGAAGUUCGAGUAGUCCAAGUAGCUUAAUCGGUGGACCUAGAUUCAAACAUAGAGGAAUGGAGAGGUCAUAUUCCGCCAAUGUCAGAGUCACACCGGUUCUAAACGUUCCGGUUUGUUCCCUUAGAGGUUCUUCCAAGUCCGGCAGUAUGUUUGGGUUUCCGAUAUUCUCCUCGCAGCAGAAACGGGAAUGUUCUAGCAGUACAAGUAGUAACGGCGGAGCAAACCGUAGUCAACGAUUCACCGGAAAGUCUCGAACAGAUUGUUCUUAAUUCAGCGUUCAGUAAUCGGUAUAAUUUGAUCCUCUUGAUAACUGUUUUCACUUUUUUUUAGUGUUCGGAGUCCAUCACCUGCAGCAAUCAAUCAAUGGCGUUAGCUUAGGAUAGCUUUAGGCAUCUAGCUCUAGCAUAUGUUCCAUUGCAUUUUAACUUUCUCUUUUUGUUGAAUCAUCAUGUACCUAUUUUUGUUGAUUUCUUCCCACCGCUAAUUCCUAAUGUUAGAAUCAGAUUCUUCCCA